AUGACCUCUCGGGAGCAGCUGGUGCAGCACGUGCUGCAGGAGCUGCAGGAGGCGGUGGAGUCAGAGGGCCUGGAGGGUCUCAUCGGUGCCGCUCUGGAGGCCAAGCAGGUCCUAUCCUCCUUCGCUCUCCCCACCCGCCGUGGGGGAGGCCCCGGCCCCCAGGUGCUGGAGGUGGACUCGGUGGCCCUGAGCCUGUAUCCGGAGGAUGCGCCCCGGAACAUGCUGCCGCUGGUGUGCCAGGGCGAGGGCAGCCUGCUCUUCGAGGCGGCCAGCCUGCUGCUGUGGGGCGACGCGGGCCUCAGCCUGGAGCUGCGGGCGCGCACGGUGGUGGAGAUGCUGCUGCACCGCCACUACUACCUCCAGGGCAUGAUCGACUCCAAGGUGAUGCUGCAGGCCGUGCGCUACUCCCUGCGCUCCGAGGAGUCCCCGGAGAUGACCAGCCUACCAUCCGCCACGCUCGAGGCCAUCUUCGACGCGGACGUCAAGGCCACCUGCUUUCCCAGCAGCUUCUCCAACGUGUGGCACUUGUACGCCCUCGCCUCGGUGGUCCAGCGCAACAUCUACUCCAUCUACCCGCUGCGCAACCUCAAGAUCCGGCCGUACUUUAACCGUGUCAUCCGCCCGCGCCGCUGCGACCACACGCCCGCCACGCUGCACAUCAUGUGGGCGGGCCAGCCGCUCAGCGGCCACCUCUUCCGCCACCAGUACUUUGCGCCCGUGGUGGGGCUGGAGGAGGUGGAGGCCGAGAGUGCCCACCCCGGCCCGGCCCCACUGCCCCCGCCCGCCAAGACCCUGGAGCUGCUCAAUCGCGAGCCCGGCCUCAGCUACUCGCACCUGGGAGAGCGCUCCAGCGUCACCAAGAGCACCUUCUACCGCUGGCGGCGGCAGUCCCAGGAGCAUCGGCAGAAGGUGGCCACCCGCUUCUCCGCCAAGCACUUCCUGCAGGACAGCUUCCACCGCGGGGGCGUCGUGCCGCUGCAGCAGUUCCUGCAGAGAUUCCCCGAGAUCUCCCGCUCCACCUAUUAA